AUCCGCUAAAAGAAAAGUCCAGUCGGAUCGAAUAAAAUUCGGGGAGGGCAAAAUUACUAUAAAACUUUUGUAGACUCUUCGUUUCGAAGCUAGGGUUUGGCCUUUGGUGACGAAGAAUCAGAUUGGUUCUAUAAACUUCUCUUAUCUUCAACACUUGACUCUCAAGUGUUUUACUCUACGCAGCAGAAGCAGAAGCCAAAAAGGUUUUCUUUUAUUUUCUCUUAUUUGGUUUUUCUUAGGCACAAGGCUAUAAGAAGAGACCAUGCCAAAGAACAAGGGGAAGGGAGGAAAGAACAGAAAGAGAGGGAAGAAUGAAGCUGAUGAUGAAAAGCGCGAACUCGUGUUCAAGGAAGACGGCCAAGAGUAUGCCCAAGUGCUUCGAAUGCUAGGCAAUGGCCGGUGUGAAGCCAUGUGCAUCGAUGGUACUAAGCGCCUUUGCCACAUCCGUGGGAAGAUGCAUAAGAAGGUUUGGAUUGCUGCCGGUGAUAUAAUCCUUGUUGGCCUUCGUGACUAUCAGGAUGAUAAGGCUGAUGUGAUCCUCAAGUACAUGCCAGAUGAAGCAAGGCUCUUAAAAGCCUAUGGUGAGCUCCCAGAGAAUACACGUCUCAAUGAAGGCAUUGUCGAUGAGGAGGAUGAAGGAGGUGCAGAUGAUUAUGUUGAGUUUGAAGAUGAAGAUAUAGACAAGAUCUAGGGUUUUGGAUUUGGUUAUGUUUGAAUAAUGUGUUUAAAUGUUAGAAAAGGGAUAUUGUUGAUGUUGAUGGAUGCUGCUAAGAAGCCUGCAAAUACCUGGGAUUUAUCCCAGAAUGCAUAAGUUUGCAUUUGUAAGAGGUGAAUGUUCAUUCUUAGAUGUAAUGUUAAUUUUGCUCAAACUGUGUUCCAUAUCUCAAAUUUACUAAUGAAAGUUAAGCUUAUUUUGAGCA